AAUAAAAUUAAUACUCGACUUCAUUUCGCUUAUAGUCUGCUUUUAAAGAAAGCUUGUUGUAGUGAAAUUGAUCAUACAUAUUGCAAUUAGAUAAAAAAAUGAAAAUAGAGAAAGUUUUUGUAGCGGAUGCAGUAGAUAAGUCAUGUGUUGACCUUUUAAAAGAAAAUGGAAUUGAUGUUGUUUGCAAGUACAAACUCAGCAAAGAACAGCUUAUACAAGAAAUACCGAAUUACGAUGGAUUAAUUGUAAGAUCAGAUACAAAAGUAUCUCGGGAUGUAAUAGAAGCAGGACAGAAACUUAAGGUCAUAGGAAGAGCAGGAGCGGGGGUAGAUAACAUAGACGUUACCGCAUCUACCGAAAAGAAUAUUCUUGUACUAAAUACUCCAGGUGGUAAUGCUAUUAGUGCAUGUGAAUUAACAUGUACUUUAAUAGCAAACUUGUCCAGAAACGUAGUCCCUGCUACUGCAUCGUUAAAAGCAGGCCGUUGGGAUCGGAAACUUUACUCAGGUCAUGAACUAUACGGGAAAACUUUAGCUAUAGUUGGAUUGGGUCGUAUUGGUCGAGAAGUUGCGACUAGGAUGCAAGCUUUUGGAAUGAAGACUAUUGGAUACGAUCCUUUGGUUAAUUCAGAAGAUGCGGCAAAAUUUGGAGUAGAAUUCCUAGAAUUAGAUCAAUUGUGGCCACGCGCUGACUAUAUCACCGUUCACGUGCCUCUCAUUCCUCAAACAAGAAAUUUAAUAAACGACAAAGUAUUUUCCGUUAGUAAAAAAGGUGUAAGAGUCGUCAAUGUAGCUCGAGGUGGUAUUAUUGAUGAAAACGCGUUAUUAAAGGCAUUGGAAGACGGAAGAUGCGGUGGUGCAGCUUUAGAUGUGUACGAACAAGAACCGCCCACUGACUCCGUUACAUUAAAACUUAUCCAGCAUCCGAAAGUUGUUGCGACUCCUCAUCUUGGAGCAAGCACAGCAGAGGCACAGGUUCGUGUUGCUGUUGAAAUUGCAGAACAAUUUGUUGCACUUACAGGGAAAAACCCAAUAUACUCGAAUAUAUCUGGCGUGGUUAAUAACGCUGUUUUAAAAAACGUUAAAAUUAACUAAUAAAACAUUUUAUCUUUA